AUGGCUCCUCCGGCACAAACUAACCGAUCUCCGUCACCGUCACAACCAUCCGGAAAAAGCGAAGUCACCGAUUUAAAAUUGCAACUCCGACAACUCGCCGGAAGCCGACUCCCCGGCGUCGACGAUUCAAAACGGGAACUAUUCAAAAAAGUAAUCUCAUACAUGACGAUCGGAAUCGACGUGUCGUCUGUAUUCGGCGAAAUGGUUAUGUGUUCAGCAACAUCAGAUAUUGUGUUAAAAAAGAUGUGUUAUUUAUAUGUUGGUAAUUACGCGAAGGUUAAUCCUGAUUUAGCUUUAUUAACAAUUAAUUUCUUGCAAAGAGAUUGUAAAGAUGAAGAUCCUAUGAUCAGAGGACUUGCUUUACGGAGUUUGAGCUCUCUUAACGUUGCGAAUUUAGUUGAGUAUUUAGUUGGGCCAUUGAAUUCUGGGUUGAAAGAUAACAAUAGUUAUGUUAGAAUGGUUGCGGUUAUUGGUGUUCUUAAAUUGUAUCACAUCUCAGCUAGCACUUGCACUGAUGCUGAUUUUCCUGCGGUUUUGAAGCAUUUGUUGCUUAAUGAUCAAGAUACUCAGGUUGUCGCAAAUUGUUUAUUGGCAUUGCAAGAGAUUUGGAGUGGAGAAGCUAGUACAUCGGAGGAAGCAUUAAGGGAGAGGGAGACUUUGCUUAGCAAGCCGGUUAUAUAUUACCUUUUGAAUCGGAUUAAGGAGUUUAGUGAAUGGGCACAAUGUCUUGUGCUUGAUUUGGUUGUGAAAUAUGUGCCCUCAGAUAGUAAUGAGAUAUUUAAUAUCAUGAAUCUUCUUGAAGAUAGACUUCAGCACGCGAAUGGUGCUGUCGUUUUGGCAACCGCUAAGGUGUUUCUACAUAUGACUUUGUCCAUGACUGAUGUUCACCAGCAGGUGUAUGAACGUAUUAAAGCCCCUCUGCUUACCCUAGUGAGUUCUGGAAGUCCAGAACAAUCUUAUGCAGUUUUAAGCCACCUCCAUCUCUUGGUGAUGCGUGCACCAUAUGUAUUUUCCUCAGACUACAAACACUUUUAUUGCCAGUACAAUGAGCCAUCUUAUGUCAAAAAGCUGAAGCUUGAAAUGUUGACUGCAGUUGCAAAUGAGAGCAAUACUUAUGAAAUUGUGACCGAGUUGUGUGAGUAUGCUGCCAAUGUUGAUAUUCCUAUUGCAAGAGAGUCAAUUCGGGCUGUUGGAAAAAUAGCAUUGCAGCAGUAUGAUGUGAAUGCUAUUGUUGAUAGGCUUCUUCAGUUUCUGGAAAUGGAAAAGGACUACGUGACUGCUGAAGCUCUGGUUCUUGUUAAGGAUCUUUUAAGGAAAUACCCUCAGUGGAGUCAAGAUUGCAUUGCAGUUGUUGGGAAUAUCAGCAGCCAAAAUGUUCAAGAACCGAAGGCCAAAGCAGCUCUUAUAUGGAUGUUAGGGGAAUAUUCUCAAGACAUGAGUGAUUCUCCUUAUAUCCUAGAGAGUUUAACUGAGAAUUGGGAUGAAGAGCAUUCUCCAGAGGUCCGUUUACAUCUUCUCACAGCAGUAAUGAAGUGUUUCUUCAAGAGGCCACCUGAGACUCAGAAAGCAUUAGGAGCUGCAUUGGCUGCAGGUCUUGCUGAUCUUCACCAGGAUGUCCAUGACAGGGCCUUGUUCUACUACAGGCUAUUGCAACACAAUGUAACUGUUGCAGAACGUGUUGUGAAUCCUCCAAAGCAAGCUGUUUCUGUCUUCGCAGAUACUCAGAGCAGUGAAGUCAAAGACCGCAUUUUUGAUGAAUUUAACAGCCUCUCCGUUGUGUACCAGAAGCCCUCUUACAUGUUCACUGAUAAGGAACACCGUGGACCGUUUGAGUUUUCAGAUGAGCUGGGCAAUUUAUCUAUUGGGACAGAAUCUAAUGUUCCAGCUCAUGUCGUUGAGGCAAAUGACAAGGAUUUGCUUCUAAGUACUUCAGAAAAGGAAGAAAUUAGAGGUGCCGGUACCAAUGGUUCUGCCUACACAGCUCCUUCAUAUGAUUCUUCAUUGAUAUCUAUUGCUACACAAGCACAACCAGACUUGGCAAUUUCAAACGCUGAAGUAGCUGGCCUGAGUCCACAGUCUAGCCUGGCCAUUGAUGAUCUACUUGGUCUAGGUCUGCCUGCAGUUCCUGCACCAGCUCCUUCACCUCCUCCUUUGAAGCUUAAUGCCAGAGCUGUCCUUGACCCCGGCACUUUUCAGCAAAAAUGGCGUCAACUACCGCUAUCUGUUUCAGAGGAACUCUCUUUAAGUCCUCAAGGAGCUGCAGCAUUAACAACACCUCAGGCCCUUCUCAGGCACAUGCAAGGCCAUUCUGUCCACUGCAUUGCAUCGGGUGGUCAAUCACCUAACUUCAAGUUUUUCUUCUUUGCUCAAAAAGCAGAAGAAUCAUCGAUCUUUCUUGUAGAGUGUAAAAUCAACACAUCAUCAGCUAAAGCACAAAUAACUAUCAAAGCUGAUGAUCAAAGCAUGUCUCAAGCAUUCUCAACUUUGUUCCAAUCAGCAUUGUCCAAGUUUGGCACGUCAUGA